AUGUCGAUUGAGAAAGCGCCGGCAGACGAGCAACAGGACGUGGAGAAAGGAACAGACGCGUGUCGCGAAAACUCCCCCUUGCUGCUGUCGGAGGACCAGGCACUCGCUAAGGCGCGAAGCAGCCCCAACGACGCCCUCCCAAUUCUCAUCACCUAUGGCCCCAAUGAUGGAGAUAACCCACGCAAUUGGCCCAAAUGGCGGAAAUGGUAUAUCACCAUUGUGGUGAGCAUGUUGAAUGUGUUCACAACCUGGUGUGCGGGUGGAAUCUCAUCCGGGGCGACAGGAAUCCAAGAGGAGUUCGGCGUAUCGGCAGAAAUCACCACUCUAGCGUUAUCCCUGUACGUGCUGGGGUACGCCAUCGGCCCGGUCCUGCUCGCCCCGCUCUCGGAAUAUUUUGGACGGCAGCCGAUCUACGUGGUAUCCUGGUUCUGUUUGUUCAUCUUCCAGCUGCCGCUGGCGCUGGCGCCUAAUAUCGGAACCAUCUUGGUGUGUCGAUUCAUCGCUGGCUGUGCCGGAGGGGCUCCCCUCACCAACACGGGAGGCAGCAUUAGUGACCUGUGGGAGCGCAAUGAGAGUGGAGGGCCCAUGGCUGUCUACGGGCUGAGCAGCACCUUUGGCCCUCCCAUGGCCCUCGUGAUCACCGGAUAUAUUGGACUGAAUCUCGGCUGGCGGUGGAUCUUCUGGGUGCUGAUGGCGAUGACUGGAGGCGUCUGGGUGGUAUUGGUGACCACCAUCCCCGAGACCCGACACACGACGGUUCUCCAGAAAAAGGCCAAGCGCGCCUGCCGGCAAAUGCAGAAGGAAAACCUGGCCUCGGCCGGCUCAACCACCGACAUGCACGCCAGCGAGCGAAAGGGUCUGCAUGAACUAUUUGGGAUCACUCUCACGCGCCCUUUUCGCUUCCUCUUUUCGGAGCCCAUCACCCUCUUCUCCGCGAUCUACAAUGGUUUCUUAUACGGGCUGGUAUACUUGUUCAACGAAGCCAUUCCGUUGGUGUUUGGGGCUCCCAAGGGUCACCCCUUCAAUACCGGUCAACAGGGAUUGGCCUUCCUGGGCAUGGCAAUUGGCCCUCUGAUCGCCUUUUGUUUCUACCCGCUCCAAGAGCGAUAUUAUCUACGCCGGGUUGCCGAAAAUGACGGAAAAGGAGUCCCCGAGGCCCGGAUGUGGAUGGCCCGCGUCGGAGCGAUCCUUAUUCCCAUCAGUCUCUUCUGGUUUGGGUGGACUAGCUAUCGAUCCGUCCACUGGAUCGUCCCGAUCAUUGCCUCCUCAUUCUUUGGGGCGGGGAUCUACAUUGUGAUCCUGAGCAUCUUGAAUUACGUAGUGGACAGCUAUCAGACGUACUCGGCAUCGGCGUUGGCGGGCGUCAUUCUCGUACGCAACGUCGUCGGGGCUGGAUUCCCCUUGUUUGCCACUCAGAUGUAUGAAAAGCUGGACUAUGAAUGGGCGUCCAGUCUCUUGGGCUUCAUCUCCAUUCUACUUGUGCCCAUCCCAUUCAUUUUCUUCCACAAGGGCGAAGCAAUCCGUCUCCGCAGUCCCUGGGCCAGGGAGCACUUUGAACAAAAUGAGGACUCGCCUCAUUGA